AUGGCUCCCCGCAUCAACCUCUUGGUCGUCAUGCUUGUGUCGUUCCUGACCGUCUUUGGAUUGGCUCGUGGAACCGUAGGAAGCAUGUACAACGCAGAAGAUGAACACUCUCUGUUGAAGCUUCUCGCUGAACACGAACCUCCCACCUUGGCCAGAUACCAGCUCUUCCCUCGUGGUGAUGUGGGUGUUGUGACUAUUACUGAGACUGUUUGCGGACGCGAGCCUGGAGCGUCACAGACCUCCAGUGCCUUUGAUAGCGUGCCUGGCGUUUCCACUACGUCCAGUGCCAUUGUUUCGUCUGACACUGCUAUCCCAUCUGACACUGCUAUCUCUCCCGGCACUUCUGUCUCGUUCAGCACUUCUGUGCCGGCUAGUGACGUCGUCCCGUCUAGCACGGCCACCUCGUCCACUACCAUUGCCCCGUCCAGCACCACCCUCUGGACCAGCACCCUGGCUUCCAGUUUGUCAAGCACACUCGGCGUGGCUCCAAUCACGUCUAGCAGUGCGGUGACUCCGUCAUCUGGCUUUUCUUCUAUCUCAUCAUCGGCUUCAUCUGGGUUUUCUACUUCUAUCUCUUCGCCAGCUACUCAUUCUGCUUCUGAAAUCGCCAGCUCGAAGACGACUGGAAACGCUGCGACGGCGACCGCCCCAGAUUCGGCUUCAACUUCUGAGCCUUCCAAGUCGGAUGCUGCUUUCCGCCCCACGGGAGCACGCGCUGCCAUGGUGGUGUUGCUGACGCUCUUGAGCAUCCUGUUUGCCUAG